CCUUCACAAUUUCUGACAACUUCACAUUUCACAACAGUUCGGUUCGGUCCGUUUCGUGUGUGUUGUAGCUGCGGAAAAGAAUUUAUUACUUUAAAGUAUUUGUAAUCACUAUGAAGUGUAAAAAAAUAACGAUUUAUCAUUACAUGAACGAAUAGAAUUUUGUUAAACCCAAACAUUAUUUAAAAACGCUUAAACAAUGCAGAAAAGUUUACUUCGGUGAUCAGUGUGAUAAGUUAUGAGCUGAUUGUAAUGAACGAGACAUAAACAAGGACAUUAUAGUGUUGAAUAAAAUUGUGUUAUAAUUCAAAAUGACCUCUCCUGGCUCAACGAAUGCUCGACUAGCAAUGCAUUCGCCAGUAACUAGUCAGGUAGGUCCUGAAUUUGCAAUGGCAGCUGUGUCGCCUCCUCAAAAUUUCGCUGUACAUGCGUCCGCGCAUGGUACUGGAAAUUGUACUGAUUCCUCUUCGGAUUCUCGUUCACCAGAAAUGCCAUUGGCAAAGGCGAGCGACCGGGAAUCGCGUAUAAUAGCAGAGAAACACCGCAGAAGCCAAUAUAAAGCAGAAAUUGAGUCUAUUCAUUCUCUUCUCAAUGAUAUCAUACCUACACAAAGAAAAUUAGACAAAACCAGCAUUCUUAGAUUAGCAGCUGACAAGCUUCGAAAUGAACAUGUUUUUGGGGACACUAUUAAAUGUGAUCACCUUGAAACAUGGUCUUCAGCUGUUAUGAAGUAUUUUGAUCUCUUUGGUGGCUUUAUGAUUGCUGUAACUUGCCGUGGUCGAAUCUUUAUAGUUUCUCCUAAUAUUCAAGAGAAACUGGGAUAUUGUCAUAUAGACUUAUUAGGACAAGACAUUUACAAGUAUGUACACAAUGAGGACAAGGAUAUCUUGAGAUUCCACAUAUAUCCGCCAGAACUGCAAUCUGGGUUUGAUGAUAAUUUACUGAAACAGCAUCACAAUUUUAAAAUUCGAUUCUUGAGAGCAGGAGCCAAGUCUGACCUGCCAAGAUAUGAACAGUGCCAUAUUAAUGGUACACACAGACGUUCAGACAAAGCAACAGCUAAUGGAGUUCAAGAUAAACAAAUAAUCAGAAGGCAGAGAGUUAGGCAUAAUCGCACAUUUUCCUCCAGCGGAAAUGAUUUUGUAUUUAUUGGAAUGGUACAUGUACUUUCCAAUGUGAGGCCAGUAUGUUUGGUAUCACCUACUGCAUAUUCUGAGUACAAGACCAGGCAUUUGAUUGAUGGUCGCAUUGUGGAAUGUGAUCAAAGUAUAUCUCUUGCCGCUGGUUACAUGACAGAAGAGGUAACAGGCACAUCUGCUUUUAUCUUUAUGCAUAAAGAUGAUGUGCGUUGGGUGAUAUGUGUCCUACGACAAAUGUAUGAUCAAAGCAGGGAAUACGGCGAGUCCUAUUACAGACUCAUUACUCGUUCAGGUCAUUUCAUUUAUAUGAGAACACGAGGAUUUUUAGAAAUAGAUCCAAAUACUAAAAAGGUGCAAAGUUUUGUUUGUAUCAAUAGAGUCAUCAGCCAAGAAUAUGGGCGGAAGAUGAUGGAGGAAAUGAAGAGAAAAUAUUCUGUUAUUGUUGAUAUGGAGAAUCAGAGUGAGAGAGUGUCAUGUGUUGAUGAGGCCCCUGUGGAACACCCAAAGCACUUGGAGCGCAUUGUAAUGCAUCUUGUGGAGCCCCCGGCCAGUGAGAAUAUUGAUGAAUUAAAAUUAGUUCCACCUUCAAAAGAGAAUAUCAUAUCUGCUAUUAAAAAUAGUGAGAAGGUCGUCCAGGAGACCGGUAUAAGGUUUGAUACAAGAAAAAGAAAAAAAUCUGAUCCUGAUGAUUUGGAAGUACUGAAAAGACACAGUUAAUUUUAUUGUAUAAAGUUUACACUAAGUUUAUGUUGUAAUUUGUGUAUCUUAAACUAUAUGAAAUAGGAAAGACAAUGGGUGUUGCAUGUUGUGUUCUUAUAUGUGUCCUUUUUUGAACUAUGUAUUGGCAACUACAAAGUAUGUGCUGCACAUUAUCAUUGGUUUGUACAACAUUAAUGCAAAAACAUGUUGUCUCAGUUUUUUGAAAGCAUAUGAGAGGGACAAUUUGUUUUUAUAUGAAUGCUUUAGACCAACAAUUAUAAUGUACUCUAAUUUUAGCUAGGUUACAUAUUUUAUAGGAUGUUGAAUGAAUUAUUAAAUGUAUGUGCAAUUCUCAGCAAUUAUUUUAUGUGGUGUUAUUCCCUAGCACAUGUGAGGGUCCAUUUUUCUAAUUCAACUUUGUAUUGUACAAUUUAUAGAAACACAGAUGUCAUAAAAUGUACAAACCACUUUAUCCAUCCUUUGAUGAUUAUAAUUAUGAGGAUGUGUAGUGUUUUUUGCCAGAAUGGAAUGUAAGUCUGAAAACUGUGGUAUUUUUUUUUAAAGUAAUUUACAUAAUACUGACUUAAAGAGUAUUUUUCUACUGUAGAUUGUGUAAAAUAAAUUCACAAUAAAAAUGACCAGUUGCAAGGUUAUUAAAUGUUUUUCGAAGUCAGUUAUUCAGGGGAUAUUAAUAAAUUGCUAGCAGCAUACAGAUUCUUGUUAUUGCCUUAUUUCUGCUUAUAACUGGUUUUAGCCUAAGGGCUUUGCUUGAAUUAAUUAAAUACAUUUUAAUUUUAUAUUUUUUAAUUGAUAUCCAACUAACACAAAAUAAACAGACUGUUCAUUUAAUAGCUAAUGUUGAGCCAUAUGGCAACAAACUUUAAAAAAUCUAAUAAUGUUUUGGUAAAGAUGGUAUCAAUUUCUCAUUAUUGAAUGAUGACUACAAAAUUAUUUUAUUAUAAUGUCCAGAUAAUAUUUUAUAGGCAAACCUUAAUGCCAGAUUAAAAUCCUUUAGGUGAAUGACCAAGACUCCACAAUCUUUUUUAUAUUGCCAUCUUUUUAUGGCAAUUAAUACAUCAACUGCAUUAGUUGCCUGUUGGUCAUCUGCAAGCUUAUUUCCAGUUCAAAUUUCUCCUGCAUCUUCAAUAGCUGAAAAUUAAAUAUAUAAACUAUGUUACAUCCAGUUGCAGUCAGUGGCAUUAAUGCUUAAGAACUUAAUCUUCAUUUGUUUAAAUAUUAUGUACCCAACACAGUAGCAGGCUUUUAUGAAACGGUACAGCAUACAGAAAAUACAAUUAAGGUAAAAAAAGGAUGUAAGUUGAUAUAAAAUAGACUUCAUUUAAGUUUUAUUCUAUCUAUAUUUGAAAAAUGUAUGAAUAAAAGGUAAUCAAUAGUCUUAAAAAAUCACAUUAACAAUUUAUUAGUAUCUCUUGGUCAAACUUUCUACUUAUAUUAAAAAAGUAUCUUACAACUUCACUAUUAUAUCUUACAAAGAAUAGGUGUAUGUGUUUAAUCAGAAAAUUGUUGAUCCCAGCCAAUCAAGACCAGUCAGUAGCCAGAAUUAAAUUAUAGGACAAAAUUAAGUCAGUGAAGUGGGUAAACAGAUAAUUAUCAUAUUAAAUACUUAUGUUAGUAAUAUAAUUAUAUUCCUCACUACUCUACUUGGACAAACUAUCAUGUUUAACUACAUAAGAUUGCUUGGAGUGUAAUUACUUGUGAUGUUUUACAUUUGUAGUUGCAUUGUAUUGAUGGUCGUACAUAUAUGUAUCUGUAAAUUAUGGUCAAGAACUUAAUCUUUAUUAGUUCCAUUUAACUAUGCAUGAAAAUUAAUGAACUUUCUUUUACAAUUACAAAUAAUUCACUUUAAAAUAAUUUGAAAUUUUUUGGAAUUAAAGUACAUAUGUCUGUAUUUUUUUUUAAAUGUUAGAGAAUAUGUUGGCAGAUUUAAUAUACUCGUAUUUUAUCGCUGGGUCCAGUAAUUAGGAUUGAAAGUUUUCAUUUAAAUUAUUGCUAAUAAAAUGUCCUAUUUGUGUGCCAAAAGCUUAUCUUAGUGUUUUAUGGAUAACAUACACUUGUUAUUCAUUUAUUUUAUAUGUAAAUACUAGAUUUUGCCCAAAAACUUAGUAAGAAGCCUAUGUGUUCUAUCAGACAUGUUCUACAUCUGUGCCAAAUUUUAUCGAGAUCCAUUAAGCCGUUUUGGAAAAACGUAGCAACAACUGUCCAGCCAUCCAAACUUUGGUAUUUUAAAUAUUAUCGAUUAAUUGAAAAGUUGCUGUCAUCAAAGUUUUAUACCCGGUGCCAUGUUAGAGACAUAUAGUUGCUCAUAUCCUUGUUAAUUAAACAUCAAAUUAAAGAACGAUUUUGAGUUUAGUUUGUAGCAAUGAAUUUGAAAUCAAUACUUUGAUGGUGAAAGAGAAAGAUAUGCAAAUUAUUAUGCAUUAAAUUAUUGACGAACUCGGAAAAUAGAUGUUUGAAAUUAGAGACUAGGCGAGUCACCUGAAAUGAAAUUAGGUGAAUUGGAUAGACGAGUUGCCGGUAAUAAACUUAAUAAACAACAAUUCAUGGUUUAAUAUUUAAAUGUAUGUUACAUACGCAAAAACAAGUUAUCUAUGAUAGUGUAUACUAUUUGUACGUGUGCUAAUACCACCGUUAGGAGUCGCGCGGUGCGGCGGCGGCGCGGCGGCCCAUACUCGGCUGUUACCUCGAUAAUCACUGCCUUAGCUAUCCGCCGGCGCUGCCGCCGUCUAUUGCGGUAGGUCGGCUAUUGUGCGUGAUUCACGAAACGUUUUGGGAAUUCCAUAAUGGCAACGCUUACUUAACGUUCAGUUUACACCCAAACAUAUAACAUUCACUUUUUCAGAUAUCAACCAAUGUUUUAUUUUUUAAAUUAGACGCGCGUGCAUUAUAAUUUAUAGUGAGUUGCCAUGUUUAAAAAACAUUUUUUUAAAAAUUGUUUUAGUAGAUUUUUUUUUCUACGUCCAGUUUGUCCGUUUAUCUUGUUUAUAAUGUAUGGUAAGUUUUAUUCAUAAAUUAUGUACAAAAUAUAUAAGAAUAGUAACAAUAUUUUGUUCGGUUAAAAUUCGAUGUUUAGGAAUUGGAAUUUAAACAGUCUACGAUUCGAUAAAUAUUCAAUUAAGUUUGCGCCACUUCACUGAAUAAGGGCGUUAAAAUACCGAUUUAAACUUCUUACUGUUAAAAUUAAUGGUAAAUUUAGAUAUUAAACUUCUGUGUAAUAUGGCGUGUUCAAUUGAAAAAGGGGUUGGAGAUUGUCUAGAAAGGACAUAUCGUGGUAGCAGUUUACUCCACAGGGUAACUAUUACUAGUGUAGGAAAGAGAGAAAGUUAUCUAUAUCAAGACAAAAUAAUAUAGUCUUAAUGCGACAGUAAUUUCUCUAAACUUAUCAAUAUAAUCUUGAUUUAUAUAACAACUUGAAAUAUUAUUUCAAGAUGUGAAAACACUGAAAGAACAUUGUUUUGUUAACGCGUAACUGAUCUUAAUGACACUUACACUAAUCGACGAAUAAUUGUCUAGAAUUUUAUAGGCGAUUUUUAUUGAUUGAUUUCUAUCACAUUUUAUAGGAUUUUAUAAAUGAGGUUCUGAAUUCGUCAGUAUGUAUUAUACAAAAGGGAAGCUUACACAGACAUGUCCCAUUUAUCGGAUUGACAUAAUUUUUUCAUUAAUUAUCUUUGCUGAACAUAUUUAUUCUAAACUAUAAAAUAUGAAAAGGAACAUUAAAUUCUAAACUGUUUCUAACCUUUUUUUCUGGCAAAUAUCAAAACUAACGGCAUUUAAAUUACUAAUAAAUAUGUAAAAUUAUUAUUUACCAUUACUCUUGGACUUUUGUAUAAUAAAAUAAAUCUAUGUAAUCAGAAAGUACAUAAUAAUUUGAAUCACAAUUCUCCGGAUCGGUUUUGUGUGCAGAUUUAUUAAAAAAGAAGUUGGGAAAAUUAAUAUGACGUGUAAGAUUUUUAUUGUGCCGUAUCUAUGUAUAUAGACUGUGCUUGAAAAUUAUAUUAAAUGUUUAUAGAAUUAAGUGUUCUGCUUUAUUGAUGUAGCUUUUCGAUGUUAUCUUUAUUUAUAGUUUGUGAUGCAUUAAUGAAUAAGAAUCAUUGUAAUAAAUAAUUUGGAUCGUUACUGCAUUCGAAAUCUAAAACAGUUGCUUUAAAACAUUUAUGAUGCGACAAUAUCAUUUCAUUUUUUUGUACAUUGGUAAAUUCGUUAUUAGUUUAUAUGGCAAUAUUUUAGUAUAAAAAUUAUAUGAUUGCUGUUAGUUUAUGUGAAUUGUUAUUUUACUUUGGUUGUGUUACAAAAGUUUAAUGUCACUUUCUAUUUGGCUCAUCUCGAAUGUAAUUUUUGUAGAUAUAAUAUGUUAUGUUUUAUUUACCAAACAAUAUCUGGCCAGAUGAGAGAGGCGCUUUCAUCGCGGUUAGUUCUCUAUGAAAAUAUGUAAAACCUACAUGGGCAUAUAAAAGGCAUAAAAGAAGAAAACAUUCAUUACAACUAUAGUACGAAAAGUACACAGACGCACAGAACGAGAUUUUUUUUCCUUCCUAAGCGGCCCGUUCUCGUCAAAUCCACCUUCCCUUUCCAUGUUUUCCUUAUAAGAAAAGGGUAAACAAAAAAGGAAAAUUAGACCUUCCCACGCACACACUGAAGGCAUACGUAAAAUGGAGUUUAUUCCACUUUACGUAUGCCUUCAGUGUGGUCGUGGAAUUGACCGGCCCAGUCAUGCAUCACAUGUUGUUGCUUGCUUUUACCAUUGUUAAAAUGCUGCUUCCUUUACGAAUCGUUUUGAUGGUUGUUAAAAACCAAUCGAUAUCAAAUAUACGAAGCCAUAUUGAAUCGAAUUCACGUAGUCAUUAUAAACUUAUAAUUAUAACUUGUGUAGAUACAGCCUUAGUGUUAAUACUAAUAGCUAAUGUUGCCAGUUGGUUACUAUACAGACUCCCCUUUAAAUUGACAAAGACUGCUAUUAUAAAUUUCAUUUUAAUUAUAUAAAGUAGUACGUCCUAUUGUUAUUGUUGCAUUAUGUUUGAUUAUAAUUGCGCAGAGCAUUGAAAUUAGAAAAAUUUAAACAUUACAAUUGUUAAGAUUAGGUAAAUGUUACGGUAAUUUUUAUGUUUUAGAACUCGAUUUAUUUUAUGGCUAACUAUUUGUGGCUUAAUAAUAACAUUAUUGUGGAACUAUUUUAUCUUUACGUUCAAAGGGUCCAGUCUGUAUUUUUUUAUAUGGCGAUUUUUUCGUGUGGUGGCAUAUUCCUAAAGGCCAAAACUUCAAAUAGGAAUUUUAAAACUUGAUGAUCUAAUGUAUUGCUUAAUUCUCAAUUAAUUAUAUGUAAACCCUUACUUAAUAUGAAUGACUUUACAUUUGUUGUGGGAUAAAGUAGUAAAGUAAGGUUGUGACGAUUAUAUCUCAAUGUCAAUGAAAUUGUAAAAUAUUAUCGUCGAUUUUAAAGGCGUGGAACGAAUGUUUAAUUUAAACAUAGGUAUUUGAUGUAAGAGUUUAGUGUGUGUUAUUAAACACAAUUUUUUUUUACAAUCUCUGUAGUUCAAUGGGCUACAAUUGUACGUUGCAAUGAUAUUAUAUUGAUGUAUAAUAAAAUGGAAAAUAA